AUGGCUGACGCUCCUGCCCCCGCUCGCGGCGGAUUCGGUUCUCGUGGAGACCGCGGUGGUGACCGCGGACGUGGUCGCGGACGUGGCCGUGGCCGCCGUGGCGGAAAGUCUGAAGAGAAGGAAUGGCAGCCCGUCACCAAGCUCGGCCGUCUCGUAAAGGCUGGCAAGAUCAAGAGCAUGGAGGAGAUCUACCUCCACUCUCUCCCCAUCAAGGAGUACCAGGUCGUUGACUUCUUCCUUCCCAAGCUCAAGGACGAGGUCAUGAAGAUCAAGCCCGUCCAGAAGCAGACCCGUGCCGGUCAGCGUACCCGCUUCAAGGCUAUCGUCGUCAUCGGUGACUCUGAGGGUCACGUUGGUCUCGGUAUCAAGACCUCCAAGGAAGUCGCGACCGCCAUCCGCGCCGCUAUCAUCAUCGCCAAGCUCUCUGUCGUCCCCAUCCGAAGAGGUUACUGGGGUACCAACCUCGGUGAGCCUCACUCGCUCCCCACCAAGGAGAGCGGAAAGUGCGGUUCCGUCACUGUCCGUCUCAUCCCCGCUCCCCGCGGUACCGGCCUCGUCGCCUCCCCCGCCGUCAAGCGUCUCUUGCAAUUGGCUGGUGUCCAAGAUAUCUACACUGCCUCUUCCGGUUCAACCAAGACUCUUGAGAACACCCUGAAGGCUACCUUCGUUGCCGUCGCCCACACCUACGGCUUCCUUACUCCCAACCUGUGGAAAGAGAACGCUCUCCGCCCCUCACCACUUGAGGAGUACAGCGACAUUCUCCGUGAGGGAAAGAGGUACUAG